AUGCUGACGUCCGGCGGCACGCCCACGGCGGGGCAGGUGAGCCCGGCCAACGUCGCUAACGCGGUGAACGCUUCUAAUCCUAACGCCGCUAACAUGGGCAACCGCGACGGCCGGGAGGCCAAGUCCGAGUGGCUGGUGUACCCCCAAGCCAACUACGAAUUUAACAUUGUUGAAAAAUUGAAAAGCAAAUUUCUUAUGGACACUGACAAAGGCAAGAAGAGAAUAAAUGCAUACAACCAAAAUGGAAUUCGAAAUUCAGCACUAGCCAUUAUCCUCUGUCACAGGUACGAGUACCCACACCUCCUGUUGCUUCAGCACAUAGAAAGUCAGACCUACUACCUUCUAAGUGGUAAGUACAGGUCGUGGGAAAAACCAAGGGAAGUGUUAAAAAGGAAGCUACAAAAAUAUAUAAAUCAAAUUAGGGAUAUGCAUUUUGCAACUAGCCAUUUUAAUUCUGAACAGAAGGAACAGGAGGAUCCCAUCGAGGUUGGAGAGUUCCUUGGGGAAUGGUGGAAAACACAAUUCAACUCUGUCUACCUUCCUUACUUACCUGCUCAUAUAACGAGACCGAAGGAAUACAUACGAUUAUACCAAGUCACUCUAACCUCGAGAUGCAUUUUCCAUUUGCCUCCAGGAUUUACUCUCAAGGCUUUGCCUCUCUUUGACCUAGGCAACUGCGGAGUGGCCAUUGGCGGCCUCACCAGCGUCCUCUCACGCUUUAAGCUCCACUGCAUGGUGCCGCUCGAGGACGCCCAGGACGAGUAA